CUCACAGGGCUUGGAUACUUUAGACAUUUACCUUGUCUUGCUUUUUGUCCUUUAGCCACCGAAUAUCACCUGGGCUUGCUGAAAGCAAAACUGGCCAAGUAUCGGGCCCAGCUCCUAGAACCAUCCAAAUCGGCCUCAUCCAAAGGAGAGGGCUUCGAUGUCAUGAAGUCGGGCGACGCCCGUGUGGCACUGAUUGGAUUUCCCUCUGUGGGUAAGUCCACCUUCUUGAGUCUAAUGACCUCCACAGCCAGUGAAGCUGCAUCCUAUGAAUUCACAACCCUGACGUGUAUCCCAGGGGUCAUUGAAUACAAAGGAGCCAACAUCCAGCUCUUGGACCUUCCUGGAAUCAUUGAAGGCGCAGCACAAGGGAAAGGCCGUGGCCGGCAGGUGAUUGCUGUGGCACGCACAGCUGACGUCGUCAUCAUGAUGCUGGAUGCCACCAAGGGAGAGGUGCAGAGGUCUCUGCUGGAGAAGGAACUGGAGUCGGUGGGCAUCCGCCUCAACAAGCACAAGCCUAACAUCUACUUCAAGCCCAAGAAAGGCGGUGGCAUCUCCUUUAAUUCGACAGUCACGCUGACCCAGUGCUCAGAAAAGCUGGUGCAGCUGAUCCUGCACGAGUACAAGAUCUUCAAUGCAGAAGUGCUCUUCCGAGAGGAUUGCUCCCCGGACGAGUUCAUCGACGUGAUUGUGGGCAACCGGGUGUACAUGCCCUGCUUGUAUGUUUAUAACAAAAUUGACCAGAUCUCGAUGGAAGAAGUGGAUCGCCUGGCCCGGAAACCCAACAGUGUGGUCAUCAGCUGUGGCAUGAAGCUGAACCUGGACUACUUGCUUGAAAUGCUUUGGGAAUACUUGGCUCUGACCUGCAUCUACACCAAGAAGAGAGGACAGAGGCCGGACUUCACAGAUGCCAUCAUCCUCCGGAGAGGGGCCUCCGUGGAGCAUGUGUGCCACCGCAUCCACCGGUCGCUUGCCAGCCAGUUCAAGUACGCGCUGGUGUGGGGCACCAGCACCAAGUACAGCCCGCAGCGGGUGGGCCUGACCCACACCAUGGAGCACGAAGAUGUCAUCCAGAUUGUCAAGAAGUAGCCUGGGCCGGCCCAGCCAGCCACCUGUCUCCCUGGGGAGUCGGACCCAAUGGGACACACUGAAGCCCAACAGGAAGAAUACAAAUACAUGUAUUCCGGGAAGGGUCUCUUAAGUCUGCUUUUUCUAGAAGUUUCUUCAGUAGACAGUGAAGAGUGUGUGGGACUGAGGGAGGGGGUGGGGGCCUUAGGUUGGGCUGGAGGCAUUUCCCAUGAUUCUAGCCCCCUUGGGUGGGGCUUCUGAGUUUGGAUCCCUGGGCCUGCGCCCUACACCUAGCCCUGGUUGGGCACAGAGAGCACGCUGCCCCCCCUUACUUCCCAGCCAGGGCCUGCCGGCUGGUCAGUGCUGGGGUGGAGCCAGGGUCCCAGAGGUGGUGUUACUGUAGGGGUACUUUGGCUCCUCUGCUCCUGCAGCUUUUCUGGUACCCAAGAAGGAGCCUCCCAGGGCAAAAACCCUUCCCCCCUUUUGUCCCUCGGCUGCCCAGUGGUGGAAACUAGUCAGUGGGUUUAAAGACCCGGUUCAUGCCCUCCACAGCCUGCCAGGUCCUGAAGGGCCACCCCUCCUGGGCAGCCCAGGCCCUGUGCAGACAGCUGGGGGACGUUGGGGUUUGGGGUAUUGUCUCUCUCAGCCCUCUGAUCUCGGCUCUCUCUGGAAUAAAGGAUGAGGACACUUCCUGUUCA